AUGAAUGCAUUUUUCAAUCCCGAGGCCAUAAGCGCUUGUCUUAAUGUUAUCUUUGACGAAGAAGACAACCAGAGCCAAACAGUUUCAAGUUUUUCAGCACCCAAGUUGACUAGAAGGAAAUGCAUUUCUGCAAUACGCCAGUUAGCUUAUAGUUAUAAGGCUGAUGCUUUGGACGAGUACUUGCAAAUAGCACAAGAUACGGGGUACCAAUGUUUAGACGCUUUCUACAAAUGUGUGAUACACCUGUAUCAACACGAGUACUUGAGAAGGCCAACAGAAGUAGAUAUCGAGUGGUUAACUGCUAAACAUGAGCAGGUUCAUGGUUUUCCGGGUAUAGUUGGUAGCAAAGAUUGCAUGCAUUGGGGGUGGAGGAACUCUCCGGUGGCAUGGCAAGGGCAGUACACGCGAGGCGAUAAGGGCCAUCCCACAAUCAUGCUUGAAGCGGACAGGGCUCCUCAAGUAGAGUUUUCGGUGAAUGGCCACCGGUUUGGAAAGGGAUAUUACCUAGCAAAUGGUAUUUAUCCUGAAUGGGCCACUCUUGUCAAGUCUUUCAAGUGCCCGAUGGACCCGAAAACCACCAAGUUCAAGAGAUACCAAGAAGCUGCAAGGAAGGAUGUCGAGCGAGCAUUCGGGGUUCUUCAAGGUCAUUGGCAGAUUGUUGAGCAACAAGCCCGGGCCUACAGUGUGAACAAGAUAAAACAUAUCAUGUUAUGUGUGUGA